AUGUCUUGUGAAGACUUGGUUUCUUGGAUCCCCCAGCUUUUGAAGAAGGGAUAUUGGAAAAUUAUCCCUUUUUUCCUUGAUAUUGUACUCAAUCAUAUUAGUGGCGAUUCGCUUGAAUUUUCACACGCUGUUACUUGCUUGAGACUACUUUUUGAAAUGCUUGGCUGUAAGCUUUGGUUAAGCUCUACACUGUCUCCAAAUGCAAUGCGCAACACUCUACUUGCCAAUGAAGUGAUUUUGCAUGUUGAAUUUGAUUUUUCAAAGGCAGUGGAAAUGGGAUACAUAUCACCAAAAUUACUUGAACUCAUUAAACUCUUCCAAUCAUUUGGAGAACCUAGUCAGUUACUGUGCCUCAUUUUUGUGGAAAGAAUCAUUGCGGCUAAGGUGAUUGAAAUAUUUGUGAAAAAAUUUUCCCAGAUAUCUCAUCUCACAGUUGCCUAUGUAACCGGAAGCAAUACAUCAGCUGAUGCACUGGCUCGUAACAGGAAGAAAGAGAUAAUGGAUUCUUUCUGA